UGUAAUUUUUAUGUAUUAUCCUUAGUUCUUACUUAUUUUAAAUAAGUAUCAGGAAGCAGACAAAAGUGGUUUAUAAUUUUAUCAAAGUCACAACUAAAUGAAACAUCACAAUAACAUACAAGAUUCAAUUAAAUAAGAAGAUAAGUGUUGAUGUUGUUAUAUCAUUUAAAGCCGAUUACAGAAGUUGUUCUUGUGCUCAUGAAUUGUUUGAAACCGAUCUCGAGUUUCAACUGCAUUCGUCGGCUUCGAAUUACCUAUAACAAUGGAGGAGGAAGGAACAAAAACCUGUCCGAACUGUAAACGUGAGAUACCAUCCAGGAAUUAUGAUAUACACACCGUCCACUGUGCAAGGAAUAUCAAAGUGUGCCAUGUGUGUAAGGAACCCGUUCCAUUGAGUGAACUAAAUGACCACCAUGACAAGCUUCAUAAACUCUUACCCUGCAAGGAGUGUGGUGAGAGGAUUUGUGGAACGGACUUGGAGGACCACGUCAGAGACUCCUGCGCCCACACCAUGAAGUCAUGCAGGUUCUGUGACUUGGACCUACAGAGGGGCGAGCUGCCCGGGCACGAGCGGUACUGCGGUGCGCGGACCGAGCAGUGCGCGGACUGCGGGGAGUGGGUCAUGCACAGAUACAAGCAGCUGCACAUCGACUCCAACCACGGAUUUCUGAGGCUUGAUGAUGAUCCAGAGCCUAUCAAGAAAACCAAUAUAGUCAAACCUUUGGGCAACCGGCUAACUAACGGUACUGCUAAUGGAAAAAUAGUCAACCAGGAACCAUCAACCUCCAAGAAUAAAAAUCUCAACUGUAUGCAGAGAGAAUUUGGUCAGCCAGUCUACCAACGACCUAGCCAAACCCCUGGACCUACAACAAGAGAUAGAACUAUCGAGAAUGAUAUCAGGCCGGGGUCUUCUAAUGGUGCAAUACCCAGGGUUAAACGGACCAACGACCAACCACAAGUGAACAGAGCGGGAGAGGCACCGGAUAAAGUGUUGAAGAAUUUGUGGUCUCGUGGGACGGUGAAGAAGCGGCCGGCGCCGCCCCCGCCCGUGGCCGGCGGGCUGCCCGCCCAGCGCGCCCAACAGAGGAGAGAAAGAGAGGAGAGAGAGAGAGCGGAGCAGACAGCUAUUAAUCUCGCACAAGGCCUACCUCCAGUGCUCAGCGCGGCCGAGAAGCUCGACAAAUUGCGCAAGAUGGACGCGCUCCAGAACAGGGAGAUUGAGGACAAGAGCUACAAGAACAUACUGCAGGGCCGCGUAUGGAAAACGCCUGAGGUCUACCCGGGGAAUGUUCUAGGUCGGGCCCCCAUCGACCAAUCAGAGCUGGCGAGGCAGAGGGACAGCUUAAAGAACUUCGUGCCGAUGACACCAGAAGAGUUCGGCGAGCGGUUCCGCACGCUGCAGCUGCGGGGCGAGCGAGGAGGCGGGGCGGAGGGCGGGGCUAGCGGGGGCGGGGCGGAGGGCGGAGCGAGUGGGGACGGGGCGAGCGGCGUUGAGGCGGGGGACCGCUUCAGCCAGAUCAAAUCCUCGCUGAGGGAGCUGAGAAGGGGAUUGAAUGAGGUGACUGCGCCCUAUAACCAGAACCCCGCUGCUGAGAUGAAAGUUGCGCGCGGGCGUCGACCAAGCGCACAGGCGCUAUCGCAAGCACGAGCGACGGCGGGGGCGGACGCGGUAGCGGGGGCGGUCGUGGGUCCGGGGGCGAACGCGGUAGCGGGGGCGAACGCGGUAGCGGGGGCGGUCGUGGGUCCGGGGGCGGACGCAUUAGCGGGGGCGGACGCGAUAGUGGGGGCGGUCGUGGGCGCGGGGGCGGAUGAAGAUGUGGCGCUGCCGUGCGAGUUCUGCGCCGAGCUGGUGCCGCUAGAUGACCUUGUUAUACACCAGACCGGCUGCCGACCCGACCUAGCUCAACUCCGACCGGUGGAGGCCCCUCGCUGGCCGACCUCUGUUAGCAGUAAUGACGUCACUGUUGCUAACGUCAAUGAUGACGCCUCUGCUGCUGCUGACGUGACGUUGGGCGGUGCGGGGGAGGCGGUGAUACCGUGCGAGUUCUGCACGCAGUCCCUGCCGAUUGAGCUCAUCACAGAGCAUCAGGUCCGAUGCGAGAGAGAGUCCAGGCUACUUUUCCCAGACUAAGCUCUUCCAAGGUAAAGACUUUGUUAGGGUCAGCGCACACCAUGAAGUUAAUAUACCUAGCGGAAUAGAGCAACAAUCUCGAGCUGUCA